AUGACAUUGGCGCUUCUAUCAACAACGGGUGUUGGAAAAGCGGUGAAUCAGCUAAGAAAUGACGAAACACAUGGCCCGGAAGCGCUUCGUAUCGUCCAAAAAUGGAAGGACAUGGCACGCAGCUGCGGCCUCAAACCGAAAAGGAAGCGUUCCCGUUCGCCUAGUUCGGAGCAUGAAAAGAGUUCACCGGUGAAGUUGAAAAAGAAAAACAUUCACAGCGAAGACAGCGGAACGGGAAGCAGUAACGAGGGGACACGUAAAGUAAGUAUCAUUGAAAAAAAAGCGGAAAAUGCCUGUUUCAUUAAUAUCACUUUUAUUCGGCAUUAUUUAGCGAUCUAUGAGGUCGGUGAUACGCCGUAUUUUCUGCUCAAGCCGGUUCUGGAAAAAUGUUCUGUGGACCAGCUGACAUUGAUCGAGAAACGGAAUCCGCAACUGAUGGAAGACAGCGACGAGCUCUGGGAAGACAUUGUGAAUCGCUCAUUUCCGAAAUGCGAAACGACCGAUGAUGAG